AUAUUGUUUAAUUUAAACGCCAUCGAUUAUUGAACUCAAGUCAAAUGUUGUGCGAUUACUGUCAAACAUGUAUACAAAUAAAUGUGAAGUAGUGGAUCAAUCCGACGGUUGCGGUGCUAAAUUUUCGAUAGUUAUUGUCUCUGAGUUAUUCCAAGGAAAACCCCCAUUAUCACGUCAUAGGCUUGUACAUGGAAUCUUAGAGGAAGAGCUGAAAACAAUUCACGCCAUUUCGUUAACAACAUUAACUCCAGAACAAUGGGAAAAAACGAAAAGUUGAUUUCCAAGCCUUGUUAAUGGAUAGAAAAUCAACAACUAAUUAAUGAAAGAGUACAUCCGAUAUUACCUCUGAGUUAUACAAUACAAAAGGCCGAUAAUUAUUAUCUGGAUAAUCUUGGAAAAAUUCUCAUCUUUUAAAAACCUUUGUGAAAGUUACAGUGUGAAUUUAACGUUCUAUCAUUCAGUGUUACAUCAAUUUUCCGGAAAAAAAUUUUUACUUACAAGGAAGAUGAUCGAGUUCAAAGUAUCUGCACCGGGCAAAGUGAUCUUAUUCGGAGAACACGCGGUAGUGUAUGGAAAAACUGCUGUGGCAGCUAGUUUAGACUUACGUACUACUAUUAAAUUUGCUGAGCUGCCUAAAUCAGAUUCAGAGAACAUCAUUAAAAUAGAAUUUCCUGAUGUCAAGUUAUCUUUGAAUCUCCCUCUACGCGUAUUUCUAGACUACUUUUUUAGCGAUAAUUUCGAGUAUUCGUCGAUCAAGAAUAAGAAUCAAUUACAUUCUUGCGUGACCGAGUUUCUCAAUUCGAUAGAGAAUGUAAUAGACAGGGGCGAUAAUGAGAGUGUUAUUAAACAGCAGACAUUAAGCUUACAAGCGUUCUUUUACUUACUCGUUUACAUUGCCUACGAAGAACACAUAGAUAUAAAAGAAACUUCCUUCCACGUGCACUUGUCCACGGAAUUAAACGUUGGCACUGGCCUAGGCAGUUCAGCAUCCUUCGCGGUAUGCCUCGCCGCAUGUUUUCUACAUUGGUCGCUCCUACAAAAGGGCGAUCAUGAUACAUUCAACAAGGACGAGCUCGAUAAGAUCUCAAUGUAUGCUCUAAACUGUGAGCGAAUUAUGCACGAGUCUCCGUCCGGAAUCGACAACAGCGUGUGUACGUACGGUUCGGUAAUAAAAUUCUCAGACAAAAAGCUGGUAGACAUGUUGCCACAUGUAUCAAAUCUGAAAAUUCUUCUGGUCAACACGAAAGUUACGCGGAGUACAAAAGACCAAGUGAAACGAACGGCGCAGUUGAAGGACUCAUCUCCUACGAUCGUUAUACCCAUCUUGGAUAAUAUCAACACUUUAUCGCGCGACGCUUGGGAAACGCUCAGAGAAAUUAGCAGCAAAGCCAAUAAUGCUACAAAAAAUAUGGAACAAGAAUGGUACACGAUGUUAUCGAGUCUCAUUCACGUGAACCAAGGAUUAUUAAACGCAAUAGGCGCGUCCCAUCCAAAGUUAGAGAUAAUUUGCGCGAUGGCAAAGACGCACUCGUAUGCAGCGAAGCUUACAGGUGCUGGUGGAGGUGGAUAUGCCUACGUUUUGCUGCCGCCGCAUAUUGAAACCAAAUCCAUCAAAUUUUUCUCUGACCAACUAGAGGAAAAGGGUUUCCAUGUCACAACGACCAGUCUAGGUGGCAGUGGAGUGAAAAUUGAACAUUAAUUGAAAAGAAAUCAAAAGAACUGGCCUAAAUUAAAAGAAUAUAUUAAUAACUAAAUAUGAAUAAUGUAUUAAAAUAACUUAAUUACAAUAGCAUCCUUGGUGGAAGAAUAGAGAAAAAUUACAUAUUUAUAUUAUAUAUAAUAUUCUGUAUACUUAACAGAGAUAAUAAAGCAUGUAUUUGAUAAAUAAA